GGGAGUGUCUGCUGGGUGUAGGAGCAGUCUGACGUCUCGUUAGUGUGAAUGACUUUUUAAAAAAAAAACCCACUCUGACAACAGCACAGCAGGCGAGACGACCGCGGAAAACUGAGGAACAAUUUUCUUUUGUAACUUUUUCCCGCUUCCUUCCUCUCUUCCUCCCACCUGUAUGACUGGAGACGAAAGUGACUCAGUUAUGGAGAGCUCCAUUGAGUCUUCACAGACUGGUGGAAUCUCAAAACCCAAGCCAACUCUGGCCCCCAAACCUCGGCUCACUCCCAAGCCCUUCUCUCUGCAGAAGAACACCACCAUUCGCUCCAUCCAUGCCCCAAAGACGGUCACUGCAACCUCAAAGACAUCAACACAGCAGACUGGAAAAUCUGAGGCCACAGGUAUCCCCAAACCAACUUUGACCACCCCUGCUCAGCAACCCACCACCUCUGAUUCCAAACCCAGCUCUGUGAGUGCGCUCACCAAAGAUCAACCAAAAACAAACAAAGAAAGCCAACAAAGUCCACAUGGAGAAGACACUCUUGAUUCUAGUGUUGGAAAAUCAGAUCCAGCCCCACAAACCACUCCACCCAAAGAGACACCCAAGUCCAAGCCGAUCCAGAACGACGACAUCAUCGAAACAAACCGCAAAGCACCCGCGGAUAUUGUGACUAACUCGGAACAGAAAGACGGAAAAAAGGAGGAAGAUGAAACUCAGACGUCUGUCGUCCAAAAGCCUGAAGAGUCAGGCGGUGACAUUUCCUCUACAGCCAACCCAGCGUAUCGGAGGGGCAGCACCAGGAAGCGACUGUCUAUGGAGCUCACCUCGAAGUUUGAGUCAGCUGGCUUAUCCCUGCCCCCCCAACCCAGUGUUCCCCUCUCUACAACCAGCACCAAAGAUGAUGCAAACAAGGCAGUCAAGGAGUCUUCAGAACCAGAGCAGAAACAGACAACAUCGGAGCCGUCAAACAGAGAGAGUGAGGAAAGUGCACCGAAGGACGAUUAUGGCGGAGGAGGCAGUAUAAAGCGCAGAAUCAGUCUUCUGUUUGACUCAUCGUCGAGGCCAGAGGUCAUAACAAAGAAAGAGGAGCCAGAAAUCCUAAAUAGUACGAGAGGUGUAAAGGAGAGAAUCAAAAUCUGGGCCACAGACACAAGCUCUGAGGGUCCGAAGGUGGAGAAGAAGCCUCAGGUUGUGUCCCGAACUCACUCUAACAGCUCUGAGCCAGCGACUCCUCCAACAGCAGAGAAAACACCCAGAACUCCACCUGCUGAACCCCCUGCAACAGUGGCAUCGUCCAGUCAGGCGGUGGAUCUUCCUUCCAAGGUCUCACCUGCUGAACAACCAACAGAGACCCCCAUGGAAACAUCCAAAGAUGGUCUCACUGAAGUUAAGUCAUUGGAAAACUCAAGUGAGACAUCUGGACAGCAUAUAGAGAGCAAAUCAUCAGAGGGUGAUGUCCAACUCCGCAAUCGCAUCGCAUCUACAAGCCACACUGCCACUGAGGGAGACUCGAGUGAGGCUCAGCACACUCUAAAGAGGGACAAUGUCAAACGCCGCUCCGUUCGCUUUGGUGUCGUGGAGAGUGAUGAUGGUGGACCUCCGGUGAUCCUGGGCUCAGAUUCUGAUUCCAGCGAAGAAGAAAAAGAAGAAGAAGAGGCUCCUGAGGAUGAAGCUGAGGAGGACAUCCCUGUUUCAGUGCCUGUCUACAGAAGAAUAGGGGUUCUUCAGAAGAAGGACGACGAGGUGCAAAGGCAAGAAGCAGAACGACUGAAACAUUUGGAAUUUGAGAGAAAACGGCGAGCAGAGGAGAUCAAACAGGCGAGACUUAAGUUAGAAGAGGAGCAGAAAGAAGAAGAAGAAAGGGCGAAAGAAAGGGCAAGGAAGAGGGAAGAGCAGGAGAGGGAAAGAGAGAGGCUGAAGGUGGAGGAAGCGGAGAGACAGAGGAAGGAGGAGUGGGAGAGAGAAAGGUUGAAAGAAGAGGAGAGAGAGAGGGAGAGGCUAAGAGAAGAAGAGAUGGAGAGGGAGAAACAGAUGGAGUUGGUGUUGCAGAGACAGAGAGAGGAGGAAAGAGAGAGGGCGAAACAGAAAGAGGAGAGACUUAAACAGGAUCAGGAGGAGAAGGAAAAAGAGAAAUUGAAGGAGGAGGAGAGAAAAGAGAAGAGACUGAGGGAGGAAAGAGAAAACCAGCGUCUGAGAGAGGAGCAGAAGAGAUCGGUUCACGAACACGAGGAACACAGAGUGGAGGGAAAACUGAGAGAGGAGGAAAUGAAUAAAGAGAAACAAAGAGAGGAGGAGUGGGAAAAAGAGUGGGUGAAAAAGACUGGGAGGUUGGGAGAAAAAGAAGAAGAGAUGGAAAGAGAGAAAGAGUUGGAGAUGAUGUGGCAGAGACAGAAAGAGGAGGACAUGGAGAGGGCGAGACAGAAAGAGGAGAGACUCAAACAAGAGGAGAGGGAGAAGGAAAGAUUAAGAGAGGAGGCAGAGGAAAGAGAGAGGCAGAGGAGGCUGAAAGAGCAGCAAGAAAAAGAGAUGGAGAGAAUGAGGCAGAUAGAAAUAGAGAAACAGAGAGAGGUGGAGAGGAGGGAAGAGGAAAGGAAGAGAGAGAUGGAGAGGAAGAGGCAGAUAGAGAAAGAAAGAGCGGAGGAGCUGGAGAGAAAAAUGCGAGAGGAAUUGGAAAGGAAGAGAACACAAGACCUGGCAGAAAAGCUAAGAAUGGAGGAAGAGAGCGAGAGGGAUGGCUUGACCAGCAGGGAAGGGCAGAAUACGGUGGAGGAGGCAAAUUUAAUCAGCUUUGACUCUGAAGAUGCGCCUCAGAAGCCACAAUCACCAUAUUCCCCCUUAGCAAAAACAUUUGAGCCCACAGAGAGUCCAAUCGAUGUUGUUUACGAUGACUUUUCCGUCAAACAGCCUCUGAUCCAGGUGGAUUAUGAUGAUUUUUCAGUCAAGCCAAAGAGAUGGGGCUCACAGGCUAAAGCAGAAACUAGUCCGGUCAUCCAUAGAUGGGAGGCUGACCCUGUAGAUAGACAGGUAGUGGACGUGCUGGUGCCACUGGAUGUCAGCCCUCGGGAAAACAAAGUGCCAGAACAGGUGGAAAAACCAGACAGUCCAGAGCCUACAAUAGCCCAAGAAAGUAUGGAGGAAGAGGAGGAGGAGCAGAGGCCUGAGGGAACACAGCUCAUCUCCAUGGAGGUGGAGGAAGAAGGGGAGGAAAGGGAGCUCGAGAGGGAGGAAGAGGAGGAGACGAAAGGAGAUGAAGAGGAAGAAGACACGCAAGAGACACAGGUCAACAGUUAUUGCACAAACGGUAAAGACAAAGACACGGAUGCUUUGAUAGACAGCGAGCCAGACCAGCAGAAUGAGGCCUGUGAACAGCCAUCUGAAAUUGACAGUCCAAAGCCCGUCCCUGACCACGUUCCUGAAGUCUCCACUGAAGACGUUGAUACCACUGAUUUUCACAUAGUGGCAGAGCUGGCUCCAUUCCCUGAGAGCCCCACUCUUCUCCUGGACAGCAGUGCACAGAGAUCGAAGGCAGAUCUUGGAAAGAGGCGAAUUCGAACACGUCCAUCACGCUCCCUCCGUGGAGGCUUGGCUCCGAAUAAAAGCCCAGACUGGAGGACCCGUGACUCCACAGAUGAAAAGGAGGCCUCCUUUAAGCGAAGGGAGUCAGACUCUGAGGAGGAGCAGCCUAAACCGAAGAUAGUCUGUUCUCCUCCUCCCACCUCUCACAGAGUCCCCAUAUUCCCUGGUUUGAGCCCUGCAGCCUUAAUUGCUCAGAUAAAGAGGAGAACAGGUGGAGCAGGAACUGGAGGAGGAGAGGAACCCGAAGAAGACAAGGGAAGAGAAGAGAAGGAAAGUCAGAAUCAGGAAGUAGCACCAACUCCCUCACAACUGCCCCGCUCUCCUCGCUCUGCCGCUCAUCUUGCUGGGGCUGCACGAGUGCUGCCUCCCUUAGGCGGCACGAGUGGAGGUGCCGCCUCUUCUCCCGCUUGGCUGAAAGAACUGAAGUCUAAGAAGCGUCUGAGUCAGUAUGACAGCGAGGCUUAGCCAGACACAGGAGACACUGUGUGUUGCUGUUCAGCAAGAAUCAAUCCAUCUCAGAUGCUGCUGCUUGUGACAAACACCUUACCAUGAUUGCUCCAUUUUGCACUUGGAGUGCCUUAUUUUGGACCUUUAAUGAGAUAUGCAGGAGGAGAGAUCACACUUUUGCUGAAAAUACGCCAUCAAGAACUUUUGUAUCUUGUAAAUUAAAUGUGGUGCCAAGGCUGUGUGCCAAGACUGUGAUGUGUUAAUGCCAAGUACAUAUUUUAUCUACAGUUACACAGAGGCUCAAUGGAGGUGUAAUACCCUUGUGUAAUUUAGAGCAAAGCCAUGGACUGUCUUGCUGUUUGAAUGUGUCCUUUAUAUACUGACAGGGACUGAUGACACUAGGCCUUCAGCAGGGUGUCUACCAUCACACGAACACACAUAUGUACAGAAAAUACUGAAUAUAAAUAAUGGAUUGCACCUUGUGUGCAUUUAGGUUAAAUUGUACAAAAUGCUUUUUACAUUAUCUUUCCAAUCACAGAUUGUCUAAAGUAAACCUUUAAGCACUUUAAACUACCGUCCAUGUAGUACAUCUAAUCAAUAGAAUCAUCAAGUACCUAACUAUAUUAACAUGGUCAUGGGAAUUUUUCUUUUUGUCACUUCAUGAAUGUCUGUCUUCUCUUUAAAGUACGGUUCCACAACACUUUGUGGUUUUAUUAACAUACCCAGUAGCAGGUCAGAACAUCAACAGUGAGCUGGGGGGGAUUUUUGGGCAUGCUAUAACAGAAUCACGUCAAGGGUGUUCUGUAAAAUCUUUAACCCAGAAAAAUUAAUUCAUCUGCUUUAGAUUCUAUUAUGUGCCUGUUUAAUGUUAAAGAAUGACCCGUCAUCAAUGCUGUAAUCAUUUAUGAUAAACAUACUGCAUGAUAAGAGGAAAUUUGAGGGAAUUUUAUUAAACGUUUUUUC